AGGAGGAAGUCACCUUUGGAAGUUGAGUGAAGCACACCGGUUCUACCUGACAGUCAAACAGAAGAGAGACAGCCGCCGCGGUGCUGGAAGGAAUAUGGCAAGAAGUGCUGCUGACGGCAACCUGAAACCACUGCUCACCCAGAAUGGACUGAAACGGGAAGAUAUCGACAGGAAUGGCCAUCACAACAAGAGAGAGAAAAAUGGCCCAGGGACCGGUGUCGCCUCCAGGAAGCACACACAGGAGUCCUUUGAACAGGCGCCCAUGUAUGUGGCAGUUAUGACAUACCUGGGCUUUGGCAUUGUCACCUUGUUCGGCUACUUCAGAGACUUCCUCAGAGCUGUGGGCUUAGAGAAGUGCCACCUUGCCCAGGAAAGAGAGGAGCAGAAGGAUUUUGUCCCACUUUAUCAAGAUUUUGAGAACUUUUACACUCGUAACCUGUACAUGAGGGUACGAGACAACUGGAACCGGCCUGUAUGCAGUCUGCCAGGACCUGUCUUUGAUCUGAUGGAGAGAGUGUCUGAUGACUACAACUGGACAUUUAGGUUUACUGGGAGGACAUUACACAAUGUCAUUAACAUGGGCUCUUACAACUACCUCGGCUUUGCUGAAAACAACGCAGACUUCCUGCAAACUGUGGCUGAUAAAGUGAAUCAGUAUGGUGCCAGCGUUUGCAGCACAAGGCAGGAAAUAGGUAACCUGAGCAUCCACGAGGAGCUUGAACAACUUGUGGCCAAUUUCCUUGGAGUAGAGGCCUCUAUGACUUACGGGAUGGGUUUCGCCACCAACUCAAUGAACAUUCCAGCACUUGUUGGCAAGGGUUGUUUAAUACUAAGCGAUGAGCUCAAUCACACAUCUCUGAUUUUGGGGGCCAGACUGUCAGGAGCAACUAUUCGAGUUUUCAAACACAACAAUAUGCACAGUCUAGAGAAGAUGUUAAAAGAGGCAGUUUGCUCCGGCCAGCCUCGCACCCAUAGGCCCUGGAAAAAGAUCUUAAUCAUGGUGGAAGGCAUCUACAGCAUGGAGGGCUCGGUGGUGCGACUCCCUGAUAUCAUUGCUCUGAAGAAGAAGUACAAAGCGUAUCUGUACCUGGAUGAAGCCCACAGUAUCGGGGCCGUGGGACGAUCAGGGAGGGGCGUGACUGAGCUGUUUAAUGUGCACCCGGCUGAUGUGGAUGUGAUGAUGGGGACCUUCACAAAGAGCUUUGGGGCUGCUGGAGGCUAUAUCGCGGGGAAAAAGGACCUGGUGGACUACCUGCGUUGUCACUCUCACAGUGCAGUAUACUCCUCAGCCAUGUCCCCUCCUGUCACUGAGCAGAUCAUACGUGCCAUGAAGUGCAUUAUGGGAAAAGACGGGAGCACAGAGGGCAUUAGACGGAUCCGCCAACUGGCAGAGAACACCAGAUACUUCAGGGCCAGGCUGAAGGAGAUGGGCUUCAUCAUCUACGGCAAUGAUGACUCACCUGUGGUUCCAGUCCUGCUCUACAUGCCAGGCAAAGUGGUGGCUUUUGCUCGGGAAAUGCUGGAGAGAAAAAUCGGUGUGGUGGUGGUCGGCUUUCCAGCCACACCGAUUACUGAGGCCCGAGCUCGCUUUUGUGUGUCUGCAGCGCACACCAGAGACAUGCUGAACCAGGUGCUGCACCAUAUGAACGAGGUGGGAGACGCUCUCUGUCUGAAGUUCUCACGGCGGAAGUAUUCCUCUCGGCCUGACCUCUGUGAUGAGGCAGAUUUUGAGCUGGACAGCUGAUGUGACCCUUGACACCUUAACUUCAGUGUCAAAACUAAGUGUCCACCCCACUGCAGACUCAUAAACACACAGUGCCAGGGUAACACCCAUAUCUCACAGCAGAGGAGGGGCCAAAUGUUUGGCAGCUGCUUUUUAUAUGUUUCUACCACUUUAUUAUUCAACAGAAUACUUAUUUGUCCUUCUUUAAAAGAUAAACUAUAUGAACUCUUGAAAUAUUAUUCCUUAAGACAUUUAUUAUAUGUGACAUUAUUGUACAAGCCUUGCUGGACUGCUCUCAAAGUCACAUAUGAUAUAAAAAAAAUCUUAAGUAGUUUAGUUUUUAUGCAUUGAGACAAUUCACACGUUGUCAGUUCUGGUUAGAAGUUAAGCUCCUCUGAAGUCACUUUUGAAGACAGGUUUGAAAUUUUAGAUCACAUUUAUUCAAAUUUUUUGUCUAUAUUUAGACGUUAAAAUCUUGUUAUGGAAGCAUUUCUUUGCUUCACAUGAAUGAAUACCAGCUGCCAUUAAUUAAAAAUGCUGGUAAUUACCAGAGAGUAAUACACAGUUGCUGAGAGUAUAAUGUAAAGAGUUCUGUUUACUUAAUUAAAAGUUUUGUAAAAUGCA